AUGUAUGUAGGCUAUAUAAAGAAUAAUGGUACACAAGUUAAAGUUCCAUUAGACAACAACUGCUACUUAAACUUAUAUGGAGACGAACAAAAGAAAUAUUUAAGAGUUUAUGAAAUGGCAGGUAUGACGUUGGCUGACCCAGCUCCAGCACCAUAUUAUUAUGACUAUGGAGAUGACGACAGAACACCACAUGUAGACCCAAAAAAGCAAACAUUAUAUUUAGAAUAUUAUAGAUAUAAAAGAUAUAAUGCAAUAGAAAAAACGAGAAUAGUAUACUAUUAUGAAGAUGACAGAAAUAAAUAUUAUAGUCAAGAUUUUACCUACCCCGAAAACAUAAGAUUAUAUUAUAAAAAAUAUUCUGACACAAACCAGAAGAAACCUGAAAUAGUUGCACUAUAUUUUAAGUUCAAAAGAGGCAAUCCUAUAAUAUCUCAUAUGUUUGAUUUAAUGAACCCAGUAGGUUCUAUUUAUACAUCUAUGGAAGCAAGAGGUCCUCAAGUAAUGUUUGGUGUUGGUGCAUGGGAACAAAUAGUCGACAGGUUUUUGUAUUGUGCAAACUCUUCAAAGGAAACAGGUGGAAGUAAAACGAUUUCAGGUGAAAAUUUACCUGCACACAGUCACUACAUAGAUUUAAGUACAUCUCAAGCAGGUUGGCAUAAGCAUAGAUAUUGGGAUUGGUCAGCAAUGACAAAAGGUAAAGGAUAUGAUGUUAAAGACGACGUUAAGUUUGCUAUAAAUUGUUACUGGAGUAACACUGAGGGAGGAGGAAACCAUACACAUCGCGUUACAGGAUAUACGCAAACAACGGGACAAAGUAAAGAAUACAUGCCACCUUACAUGACAGUUUACGCAUGGUAUAGAAUUGCUUAG